GUCUGUAAGCACCAAAGGUCAAGGUGGAGAAGAAGCAGUUUAGCUCACACAGCUUCUUCACUGUCAUCUCUCAAUCUCUCUGACCUCUCUCCAAACUUAAAAAUAAUCCAUUUCUGGCUUGAAGCAUCCUUUUCUUGGUUCAGAUUUUGGAAGCUUUGCUGGGCAACAAUGAAGGGAGUGAAAGGAAAGUUCCUGAAGAAGUUGAAGUCAAUCCGGCCUGUUGGGUAUUUGAAGCCACAAGAUAGAAUUCUUCAGGUAAGUGCGUCAGAUGGGUAUGCAGAUUCUUAUCCCAAGAUCUCAGAUCUCAACGUUCAGGCCCAGUUGGUUUCCAUGGAAACAGAGCAGAAGAAAAUGAAAGAGAACGUUUUGACCGAGCAAGAGCCUGAUGUUAUUGACGUCGAUGAGCUUAUGAAAGACCUUGAAGAUGAAGAAUCAGGGUCUGAGGAUGAUUUGGACGACAAGGAAAACAUCCGGCCAAAAAUGAAGGCAAAAAACUCAAUGGCAUUCAAGGAAAAUUUGAUGAGAACAGAGCACAAUUUGGGGGAAAACAGAGCUCUUGAAGCUUCAGAAGAAUCGUUGCCCGGGCCAGAUCGUGGUAGACAAAUCCCUUUGUCGGAGAUUGAUAUCUCGUCUUUUCGCAGACCGGACUUAAAUUCCGGUAGCCUCUUUGACCCGAACCUACUCGCAGCCUUUCAGCAAGCCGUGAUGGAAUAUAUGAAGUUGAGUGAAGCAGAGAGAAUAUCAAGAAGAAGCGAAAAACAGAAUCUUGAUUCCAAUGUAGUUGAGCCAGAGCCGGAGCCGCCUUCAAAUGAAGAACCUCUAUUAUGCUUUGAGGAGAAGUGUGUGCCUGGGAGUUCGGAUUCAUCAGUAAUUCUGUACUCAACAACCCUUCGAGGUAUUCGAAAGACCUUCGAUGACUGCAACAGCGUUCGGUUUCUUUUGGAGAGCUUUCGGGUGGUGUUUUACGAGCGGGAUGUGUCUAUGCACAUGGAAUUCAGAGAAGAGCUGUGGCAAGUUUUGGACUGUAAAGCAGUGCCUCCUAAGCUUUUCAUAAAGGGGAGAUAUAUUGGGGGAGCAGAGGAGGUUUUGACGCUUCAUGAGCAAGGAAAGCUUAAGCCACUCUUCCAUGGAGUCCCGAUCGAUCGGUCUAUUGGCCCGUGUGAAGCUUGUGAUGGAGUUCGAUUUGUGGUUUGUUUCAAAUGCAGUGGCAGCUGCAAAGUGAUUGGCCAAGAGGGCCAGUCAGACAAGUGCUCAGUGUGCAAUGAAAAUGGGUUGAUUAUAUGUCCCUUGUGUUGCUAACUUGCUGAAGAAAGAAGCUUGUUUCUGAGAUUCUUGUUGUAGCUCCUUGUACUGUGUAUCUUAAUAUUUUGAUUCUUUUUAGAACAUUAUAUAUCAUAUUCUUUUGAUUCUUUUAGAACUUUAUAUAUCAUAUUCUUUUGAUUCUUUUUUGUGCUGGUUUGGAGAAUAAAUGGAAGUGUCUGGCAAGUGAUUUGUGGAUUUGUAGCUCAAGUGGUUGACAGCAUUCACCCACCCGGACACCAGAGUUCCACUAUUCGAUUCUCACAUCCCCAAUGUGGCAGCAUAUGUAAACUGUUUUGUAGAUUGAAAUCAGCCUUGUCCACAUUUACUAUGUAAACUUUCAUGGAUAUAUAAUAAAUUGAGCAUAUUGGGGA